CGUAAUUAACACGUUAUAUCAUAAAAACACGGGUUCUUUAUGCCUAUAUUGUUGACAUCUUGUAUAAAUUACACAUAACAAUAUAUAAAAAGUAACUUACAAGUAUUUUUAAAAAAGUCCUUUAGAUUAUUUCCUUUUAAUCUUUAUCUAAUCACGGGAAAGACGACAAAAAAAAUAUAUAUAUAUAUCAUUUUUAUUGAUAUCUGUUCUAAAUCAUAUGACAAACGAUUAAAAUUUUGAAACGUUUCAUCAAAGGAUUAUAUUAAAGAAUAAAUUUAUAACUGCAAAGAAACUUAGAAAACUCUACAGUAUGAAGUUAUUAUUUUUUCUUAUCUCGAGUUGUAUUUUUCCUAGUAUAUAUUCAAUCCGAAGUUUCAGUGUUGAUUUUGAAAAUAACUGUUUCUUGAAAGAUGGCCAACCCUUUCGUUACAUAUCUGGUUCAUUACACUAUUUUAGAGUGCCAAAAGUCUAUUGGAGAGAUCGCAUGAUCAAAAUGAAGGCUGCGGGUUUAAAUGCAUUGCAGACUUAUGUAGAAUGGAGUAGUCAUGAACCAGAAAUAGGAACAUACAAUUUUCGUGAUAAUAAUGACAUUUUUACAUUUUUGGAUACAGCUCAAGAAGUUGGACUUCUGGUAAUAUUUAGACCAGGUCCAUACAUAUGUGCCGAAAGAGAUUUGGGAGGUUUUCCCUAUUGGCUGUUACGUGAAAAGCCCAACAUAGUGUUGCGAUCUAGCGAUAAUACUUAUCUUAAAUACGUUGAUAAAUGGCUUGGUGUACUACUUCCAUUAAUUAAACCAUAUUUAUAUGAAAAUGGUGGUCCAAUCAUUACAGUGCAAGUAGAAAAUGAAUAUGGUCAACAUGGAUGCGAUUUUGAAUAUAUGUCACAUUUACGUGAUGUUAUAAGACAUUAUCUAGGCAAUAACAUUGUUUUAUUUAAAACAGAUAUUCCUAAGGAUGUUUUCUAUAAAUGUGACAACAUUGAUGGUGUUUUGACAACAGCUGAUUUUGGAUCUGGAUCCAAUGUUUCUGAAGCUUUUCAAAACAUAAGACAUUUUGAAAGAUCAGGACCUCUUGUUGUUACCGAGUAUUAUCCAGGAUGGAUGGAUCAUUGGGGAGACGCACAUGCUAAUGUCAACAUAGAUGCCAUAUGUAAAACUUUGGACCAAAUUCUUAAAAACAAUGCAUCUGUUAACUUUUACAUGUUUCACGGAGGAACUAAUUUUGGAUUUACAAAUGGUGCAAAUAUGCAAUAUUCACCACAAGUGACAAGUUAUGAUUAUUCAGCUCCUAUCUCAGAAGCAGGUGAUUUGACAGCAAAAUACUUCAAAAUCAGAAAUGUUAUCAAAUCUUAUAUACCAUCUCCAUUACCAGAUCCUCCUCCGCCUUCUAAAAAGUUAGCACUUAAUCCAUUAAUAAUGAAAUAUGUAGCACCUCUAUUAAAUUCAAUUAUAUAUCUUGGUACAAGCAGUUCAAUAUAUUCCAAAUAUCCUAAAACUUUUGAAGAAAUAAGUCAAAAAUCAGGAUUUGUUAGUUACUCUACUCUAAUCAAGAUUAUUCCAACAGACCCCAUACUACUAAAUGUUCCAGGUCUGCAUGAUCGAGGUUAUAUUUUUAUUGAUAAUAAAUUUUGUGGAAUUAUAAGCAGACAAAUGAAUAUAUUUUCCUUACCGCUUAAAAUUAUGAGAGGCCAAAUCCUUACCAUUCUUGUAGAAAAUCAAGGAAGAAUUAAUUCUGGUGAUUCAGAUUUUAAGGGCUUGACAUCAAAUGUUACUUUAGGGAAUGAAAUGUUAAUUAACUGGGUAAUUCAAAAAAUUCCUCUGAAUAAUACUAAACUGAUUCAUAGUCUAGAUAAAAUGUAUCAUCCAAAAAACCCAGAAGAAUAUGUAGCUGAAAUGCCUGGAUUUUUCAGUGUAAAUUUUACUCUUCCAACUGCUGCAGAACCUUUAGAUUCAUUCCUUAAUCUUCGUAACUGGACAAAAGGAGUGGCUUUCCUCAAUGGCUUCAACCUUGGACGUUACUGGCCGGCAAUGGGUCCACAGGUUACUCUUUAUACACCAGGGAUUUUAUUUCAUCCUUUUCCUCAACAGAAUAAUUUGGUUUUGUUAGAAUUAGAAUCUGCACCUUGUAAUGCUAUUUCAUCAUGUACUGUUGAAUUUAUAAAUUAUUCAAUUCUGGAUGGUCCAAUUCCACAAUAAUAAUAAUAAUUUUAUAUCAUUAAGCACUUAAAAUUACAAAAAUAAUAUUUAAAAUUUAAUUUUUAACUUGUCAAUCUAAUUGUUUAUUACCUAUAAGUGAAAAUUUUUGAAUUUCAUUUUUAAUAAAAUUUAAAGUUUAUGCAUUAAUAUGAAAAAAGUCUAAUACAUAAAAAUUUGAGUCUCUUUUCUUUCAAUCAAAUGAUAUUUAGAUAAAUAUUAAUUUUGUCUGUAAAAAAAUUUAAGUUAAUAUCACUGGAAAGUCAAUUUUAUGUUUUAUCAUUCAAAAAUUACUUUAAUUAUCAAUAUUGAUAUAAUUUUAAAAUAUAUGCUAUUCAAAUUUGCAUUCUUAGUAAGGAUAAUAUUCUUUCAAUUGAUUUAAUUAGCAAAAAUAAUCUGAAACUUUCUACUUUUGGUGAUGAAAAACAAAUUUUUUGUAUUCUCUUCAUUUAAUUAUAUAUUUUAGUCACAUUUCAAUUUAUUUUAAACAAUUAGAAUUACUUACAGAUCAAUGUAAAGAGAUAUAAUGAUACAAUAAAAUACAUUGUGAACAAUAUUAAUGUAUGUGUAUGUUAUAAUGAAACACUACAGAAAAAAAACCCCACUACUAGUAUUUUAUUUUGGUAAUUUAAAUAUGAAAAUUUUAAACUAUUAUGUAGAAACCAAGGAAUGUCAUACAAGGUCUGAUCAAAAAGUAUCCAACUUCCUAGUAAACUAAAGGGUGUGUUUGGACAGGCUAUAUCAUCUAUCUUUGCAUGCACUUAUGAAUUUUUUCCCAGCUCUAAGUUGAAGCAGUAUGUAUAGAGUGGCCUGUGUGCAUUAUGUGCCAACAAUCUGCCGGAUUACUGUAUAUUGGGUUAUUAUUAAUUGUUUUCAUUUAUUUAUAAUUAUUGAUUUUUAAUUUAGAAAGUUCUAGAAGAGAAGGAUCAACAGGAUUACAGCCUAUAACUCUUGCUUACUGCAUAGAUGCGUUGCCAGUUACUCUAACUGGAUCUCUAUCCAAUCUUCACCUCCAUAACAAUUAAUAAUUUAUGUACGAGAUAGGUCUGGAAGCAAAGAUCAAAUGGAGGUCGAGGAAGAGUAACUAGCAACACAUCUACAGUGGUAAGUGGGCAUCAUAUCUGCAUAGUAAGUUUGAAGAUUCGAGUCUCACUCCAGGCUGAUUCUUUUCUUCCAGAAUUUUCUAAAUUAAGCAUUUGAUUAAUUUAUUUAUAAUUAUUAAAUUUGAGAUGAUGCUUAAUACCUAUCUCUAGGCAAAAUUACUCAGGCAUAAUAUAGCAAAUUAUUGACCAUAUUAUAUCCCGAUAUAAUCCAGCAGAUCAUUUGGUGUUAAUUGGGAUUUCCAUUUAUUUGGGACAAUAUUAUGCAGCAAGAAGUACUGUAUGUGUUAAUGGGCCAAUGUUAAAAACUAAAUCAGAAGAGUUAGCUCAAAGAUAAGCCUGAAUUACUGCAGAAAUUUCAUCUUGAUCAAAUCUACAAUGUAGAUGAAACAGAGCUAUUUUACCAUACCAGCCCAAAUGGUACUUCAUAUUUAUAACUCAGAACCAUUAAGUUAAAAAAAAAAGCAAUGAAUCACAUUGUAUUGCACUUCUGUAUUAUGUCAGAAAGUGAUAAAUAGAAAAUAUUAGUCAUUUGAAUGCAUGCUAAGCCUUAGUGCUUUAAAGGUCUUUAAAAAUGGACUGUUUACCAGUUGAGUAAUAUGAUAACAAUGCAUGGAUAACAUCCAAUUUCUGAAAUAGCUUAGGAAUGCAGAACUGCAGAAAGUCAGUAACAGUUCUGCUAUUCUUAGACAACUCCACUGCUCAUCCUCAUGUAGUGUGUUUGAAAAACAUUCACUUAGAGUUUCUUCCAGCUAUUACCAUAUCCUUCAUAUAACCAUUCGAUAGGAAAGUUGUAAAAAAUUUGAAAACGUAUUGUGGAAGGCUGGUACAAUAAUCUUUGAAGCAAUUAAAGAAAAUAUCUUGAUAUCUUCUACAAAAUAGUUCCAAGGUUACUAUUUUACAAACAAAUAUGCCAAUGGUAGUUGAACAAAAGCAAGCUGUAGUACAAUUUGAAACUGCUUUUUUCAUUGUGGUUUUAAGACUUCAGAACAGGAAAUGGCAGAUAUAGCCAAUAAUGACAGUGAAAUCUUUUAUGAACUACACAAAACAAAGAAAUCACAAAGAAUUUUUAUAAAUUGAUAAUGACCUUCCAUAUUACAAUGAAAGUGAGGAUUAUGCAGAUGCAAUUAUUGAACAAGUUGUUUUGAAAAAAUACCUAAAAACUAAAGAAGAUAAGAAAAGUGAUGGAGACGAUACUCUUAAUCAAGACUUGUUGACUAGGAAGCCAGAAAAUUUAUUUCUGAACUAAAACAAUAUUUUAUGCAAGAUGGAAACGAAGUCCUAUUUCUGUGUUGGAUCCCUACAUUGAUUUUGUCCAUUUGCAAAGCAUAAAGAAAAUGUGUCAAGAUAUGCCUGAUAAAUUUCUG